UAUUCGCUAUCAUCUACAGAGCAUUUUUGCUCCUUUCUCUUGUGCAUACAGUCUCUUCCUGUCCGCGAACUGAUCAGCCAAUGUGGCCCAGGAUGAGGGUGUAGUGUGGACUUUGCGCGAAAAGUGGUGAUAAAGUGCGUGAAAAUGCGGGAAGUCGGCAACAUUGGAGCGGCAUUUUUGUUUAUAGUGGCAAAUUUGUCGGCAUUUCUUUUUCCAGGACUUGCCACUGCCACUGAGUCGAGAUUUACAGAAUUGCCACAGAGUCUCGUAAUUCCCGAAGGACUUACGGCUGAAUUUAGGUGUCGAGCCUCCGCAGUGGACAAUAUAAGCUAUUCUUGGACACACAAUGGACUUCCGCUGAAGAAUUCCAGCUGGUUGACGGCAAGUGAUGGCAUUUUAUCCAUAAAUGCUGCUAAUCGCAUUAGAGAUCCGGGUGAUUAUGUAUGCAUUGUGCAGAAUAUGCUAACUGGUGCUCGAGAAGCAACACCGCCAGCCACUCUGGAUAUUGCUUGGAUCCAAUCAGCCGCUGUGCAAUUGGCCUCGCCGUCCGUCCAGGAGGGCGACGAUGUGACGCUGAAGUGCAUCAUUGCGAGCAGUGGCGGCGACCGCGUGCGCGUUGAGUGGUUCAGGAAUGGCGUGAAGCUGGCCAGGGUGGAGGGAAAGUACGAUUUGUCGCGGAGGAAACUGCACAUUCACAGUGUGGCGCGCGAGGACAGCGGAAUCUAUCGUUGUGCGGCGCACAAUGAGGCAGGAAGUGUGUUUAGCCGGAGGAAUUUUGCACUGAGAAUCCCUGCCAGGAGAUCAAGAGUGCCCUGCCAUGGGCAGAACGUGGUGGUGAUCAGAAAUCUGCAGCAGGGCGAUGAGGAGGUGAAUUUGUGUCGUGAGAAGAGGAAGAAUCGCGACCUGGACGUGGUUGUGGGCGAUGUGAAGCAGCAGGACCACGUGCCGGUGGUGGUGGACGAGGGAAAGGCUAUUCAUCUGGCGUGCGCCUUCACCAAUCACGGCACACCGCUGGCCAUCCGCUGGCGCAAGGAUGGGAAGCCCUUCCGGUCGCUGGACAUCAAUGCUGACGAUGAGACCCCGAUGGCGGACUCGACAGAGCUCAGCGGCGACGUGUCGAUUGUGCGGGAGGAUCCGCGCGUGACCAUCGCCAAGGACAACGGCAGUCUAUUAUUCGUGGAAUCCGUGGCGACGGACGAGGGUAACUACGAUUGCCAAGUGGUGGCGAUGGCCACGAACGAGCUGGCGUUCGUCAGUGCGCUGUACGAUGUGCAGGUGAUUGAGCAGCUGAAAUUCAUGCCCAGGCCCACGUCGAAAAAUCUGGAACUGGGCGCGGUGGGAAAGCUGCACUGCAAAGCGCAGGGAUCGCCGUCGCCGCAGGUGAAGUGGCGCCGCGACGGUGUGCCGCUGGAUGAUACCGUGGAGGACAUCAAUGGCACACUGGUGUUCAGGAAUGUCACGGUGCAGCACAAAGGGAAUUACAGCUGCACGGCGCGGAAUCAUCAGGGUGAGAUUCACGCCACGGUGGUGAUAAAUGUCGUAAUGUCACCAAGAUUCGUCGUGGCGCCUGAGGGUCCUGUCCAGGCGGCCGAGAUGGGCAGUGCCAUGUUCCACUGUCAAGCCGUGGGCGAUCCGAGGCCGACUGUUCAGUGGGACAAAGACUUGGAGUAUCUGAAUGUGAAUGGCAGCGAGGAGGGGCGCUUUAGGUUGCUGGAGAACGGCACGCUCUUCAUUGCUGAGGUGCAUCCGGAGGAUGAGGGCAAGUACGGCUGCACCAUCGGCAACAGUGCCGGCCUGAAGAGGGAGGAAGUGCGGCUGGUGGUGAAAUCGGCGGAAGCCUUAGCCGGCGACGAGACGUCCGAUGGCUUCACCAUCACGCGGGCAGUGCUGCUGACGAUGUCCUUCGCCGCGGCGUACAUCAUUCUCGUGGUGGCGUUGAUGGUGUGGUGUCGCCUGAAGCGACAGGCGCGAAAGAAUCGACUGAAUGCGGCGGGGAAGGAGAACGGCGCGGCGCUGGGCGAUGCGGCGGACGCCGAGGGAGAACCCUGUCUAAAGCCGAAGCUGGCGAAGAAGGCCAACGGCGUGGCGGUGGCUGGAGAGCAGCAAAGGAGCGACGAUGCGUCCAGUGGCCACUCGAAGGGGUCGAAGAAGUCCGCGGAUGAGUAUGAGAAGAUCUCACUGGCCAGAUCCAGUCUCUUCGACGUGAUUCCCAUCGGCCGGGGGGAGUAUGGCGAUGUGUUUGUGGGGAAGAUCAAGGCGGGUGCCGUGAGGAUUGUGGAGAAUGGCAAAGUGGAGGCCAAGGCGAAGGACAGCGAGACGCGGCGCUCGAAGACGUCCAUUGAGGAGGUGAAUGAGAUCAAGGUGGACGACAAGGAGGAUGCGUACAAGCUGGUGCUGGUGAAGGCGCUAAACAAGGUGAAGGACGAGAGCGCGUGUGCGGAGUUCAAGCGGCAGAUUGAUCUCUUCCGCGCCGUGACGUACAAGAGCGUGGCCGCGCUGCUCGGGCUCUGUCGUGACAAGGAUCCGCACUACAUGGUGCUGGAGUACACGGAUUGGGGUGACUUGAAGCAGUUCUUGCUGGCGACAGCGGCGAAAGAGGGCGACAAAUCACCGCCGCCGCUCAAUGUGCCGCAGAUUCUCACGCUGGCGCAUCAGAUUGCGCGCGGAAUGGACGCCAUUUACCGUGCCAAGUUCAUUCACAGGGAUUUGGCGACGCGCAACUGCGUCAUCUCCAGUGACUUCCGCGCCAAGAUCUCCCUGCCGGCGCUGAGUCGCGACAAGUAUGCACGCGAGUACUUUAAGUAUCGCAAUCAGUCGCUGCCGCUGCGCUGGCUGGCGCCGGAGUGUCUGCAGGACGACGACUACUCCACCAAGAGCGACGUGUGGGCGUUCGGCGUGACGGUGUGGGAGAUCUUCACGCAGGCCAGAGAGAUUCCCUUCGAGGCCAUGACGAAUGAGGAGGUGUUUGGCCAGGCGCAGGCUGGGAAGCUGGAGUGGCGCGUGGCCGACGAGACGCCGGACUGCCUGAAGCCCGUGCUGAUGACCUGCUGGGCCACGAGCGCCAAGGAGCGACCAUCAUUCAGCCAACUCACCGUCGCACUCGUGAAUGCGCUGAAGAACGAGUGUCCCACCAAAGACAACCAGUAGAUAGAUUUCGAUUAAACAUGACAUGAAAGACUUCCGUGAGAGAACUUCCAGUGACUGUACAUUUUCUUCCUCUUGAGUCUUCUUCGAGGCAAUGUGACGCGAAAGCGCAAUGGAAUUGUAGAUCAUCGCUUAAAGAGAGUGUUUUUCUUCUUAGAGAUUUAAGCGAAGAAAAUCUGUGUGUGUGUGUGUAAUUUUACAGAAAUGCUAAUGAAUUAUGGAGAGAAAAACUGCCAUUUAUACAGAAAAUAUCAAUUUGAGAGAGAAAUUGUUGCAUUACAUUAGUGAGUGUAGAAGUUUUCUUUAAGUUUAGAGAAAAAUUGCAUUUUUAGGAGCGUCAGAGAGUUUUUAUGACCCAUUUUUUAGGUGAGGCGCGAUAUGUUUGGAUGAAGGAGAGAAAUUUAUAUUGACAAGAGAGUGAGAGAAGAGAAGGGAAGAAAAAGUGAAUUGUGAUAAAUUUGCUUUUAAACCACGAACGACACAUUUUUUUCUGAAGAGAAGAGCAGUUUUUGCACUUUAUAGAAUAAAAACAUAAUAUUUAAUCAUAGAUGUUUCACAUCUUUUCUCAAUGUGCAACUCAGUGGCUUUUAGUCUUAUUCAUACAUAUUUUUUUUUAAUUCUUUUCUAAUAAUAAAUGAAUAUAUUAGAGGGAAAGUGGAGGGAGAAAUGAUGAAAAAAUAAAGUAAUGUGUAUUUAAGCAAUGAAUACUUGAAAAGAUGGAAUGAAUACUGUAAGAAAUGUAAUUUAGGAAGGAGAUUUUUCCAUAGACAAAUAAGCGCUAUUUCUCUGGCAAAGUUGUCUAAAUAUUUAUACACACAUGAAAGAUUGUAAUUAAGAUAUAAUUACGAAAAACGUACCAACGAAAGUGUAUCAACUGAACAUAGAAUUAUACACUAAAAAAAGAGUAUUGAAACGAUAGCUUAAAAUAUUAAUCAAUAACGCCACAAUUCCUUCUCAUUUCUUUAAUACGUAAUUUUUUGAUCUAAGGAAUUUUCAUAUCAUUUCCCAAUUUGAAAAGAAUAAUUCACAAAAGAGUCCUCAAAGUGUCGGUUUCACAAAAUGAUUGCAAAGAGAUUUUUUAUGCGGAGAAAAAGUGAGAGGAAAAUUGACCUCUUUUUGAAGUAAGGAUUUUUUCAUCUGUUUUUCUAGUCAACAAAAUGAUAAGGCAAAAAAAAACACUUUUCGAGAGAUUUUUUCUACCCUUUUUUUUACAUAAAAAAACUAUUAUAUAUUCAAUGUAAUAUUUGUAGUCAUAAGAUAAGGAAAAAAAAACUUGUACUUUAAAAGAUAUUGUAAGUCUUA